AUGAAUGGUACAAGUCAAAAACUGACUCUGUUGUCAGUAUUUUGUAUUUUAUGUUUACUCUAUCCAUUUACUAAUGGAGAAUCUACUGAAUGGAGAUCCUAUGAUGGAUCAAAUAACAAUUUAAUCAAUCCAAAUCAAGGAGAAAUUUAUGAACCUUUUAUUAGAGUUGCACAACAACAAUUCUUUAACCCAGAUGACUAUCCAACCUUGUCUAUUCCAUUGUCAAGAGAAGUUAGUAAUAUUGUUUGUGAUCAACAAUCACCAGUUCCAUCAAAGGAAUUAUUAUCUGAUAUGUUUAAUAUGUGGGGUCAAUUUUUAAUUCAUAAUAUGGCUCAUGCAUUACCAACACCAACCAAUGGUAAAUACCCAGUAAAGGUACCACAAUGUGAUAAAGUAUUUGAUCCAUCUUGUGAAGGAAACAAAACUUUACCAUAUUUUAGAACAAGAGUCACUGAAGUUGAUUGCUCCACUCCAUUCUCUACCAGACAAGAAAACAAUCUUUGUAUGGAACAAGUCAACAGUCUUUCAGCCUACAUCGAUGCCAAACCAGUUUAUGGAGUUUUCAAAGCAAGAGUUAACCUUUUAAGAGCUUUUAAGAAUGGUGAAAUGAAAUUAACAGAUUUAGGAGAAAAGGGAGAAUUCCCACCAAAGGGAAUUGCUGGUUUGGAAAUGGAUAAUGAUGCUCGUAGAUACCCAAUUGAUCAAUUGUUUUCAUUGGGUGAAAGACGUGGUAAUGAAAAUCCAGGUCUCACUGUUGUACACAACAUUUGGUUGAGAGAACACAAUAGAAUGGCAAGAAAGAUCGUCAGAGACAACCCUUCAUUUGAAGACGAAAAGGUAUUCCAAAUGGCUAGAUCAUGCGUCAUUGAAAACAUCCAACAAAUUACCUAUGAAGAAUAUUUACCAUCAUUGUUGGGAGAGUCCUUGCCACCUUAUUCGGGUUACGAUGACGAAGUCAAUGCACAAAUAUCCAACGAGUUCACAACUGUUGCAUUCCGUUUUGGUCAUUCUGAAGUUGGCCCCACCAUCGAGAGUGUCAACGCCGAUGGCACCUACAACCAACCCCUUCCUCUCAAGGACAGCUACUUUAACCCAAAGUGGUUGGAGGAACAAGGCAUGGAGAAUGUCAUCAGAGGAUUGAGUUACAAGCAAGAAGAGAGUGUAGACAUUUACAUGAUUUCCGAUCUACGUAACUUUUUGUUUGGUCGUCCAGGUGCCGGUGGCAUGGAUCUUGCCAGUCGUAACCUCCAACGUUCACGUGACCACGGUAUCGCCACCUACAACACUGUCCGCAAGUCACUCGGAUUCCAACCUGUCAACAGUUUCUCAGACAUUACUAGUGAUCCAGUUAUCCAACAACGUCUCGAGGCUGCCUACAAGACAGUAGAUAACGUAGAGUUGUUCACCGGUGGUCUAUCCGAAGACCACAUCGGAAAUGGUGCCGUUGGACAAACAUUCCAUCGUUUGAUCACUGAGCAAUUCGAGCGUACUAGAAAGGGUGAUAGAUUCUGGUACGAACAACCAUGGAUGAAGCGUGUCAACGCUCACUGCGAACCAGACACAUUUGCCAACAUCAUCAGAAGAAACACCAAAGACAUGGGUCAACUUCAAAAGAAUAUUUUCCACAUUCCAAAUGUUCCUUCUCCUGUGUGUGAGUUGUCAACAAGUACUCCUUCUCCGUCGUCAUUUCAUUUCCGACGAUCAAUACAGACAGCAGACUCCUAUAUCUACUUUCAACAAUCAAGUUUAGCAAAUAAUAAUAUUAUACCUUUAUUAAAUCAAUCAAAUAAUCAGCUGAUACCGAUACCAAUACCAAUACCAAUACCAAAUUUUUCAGUUUAUUAA